GCAUUUGACUGACGACUGUUGUUCAAGAUUUGUAUUUAGGAACAUGGACUCCAUUUCGGUGGUCCAGCCUGAUCCAGUAAUAUGAUUGGAGCAUCCAGUCACUCAGGGGACACCCUGAUUGCGUGCCAUUUCCCUGUGCUCCAGCUUCCCACUUGGCAGCUUCCUGUCCAGGCCCUGUGCAGCUCGGCCAAGACGCCCGGCCGGCUUUGCUCAGUAGGUCUGACCCGAGCAGUGUCCCUCCCAGAGCGAGACUCGCUAAACCGAGAACAUGCGUUCACCGGUGGCCAAAGACCUUUCUCCAGCAGCCACGGCAGUUUCAUCGAGGACCGAGCGGAGGAGGAAGGGGGCAGCGACAGCAGUGGGAGAUACGACUCCAACUCGUCGCCGGAGGAGACCAGUUCCCAUCUGAAGAAAGAAAACUCUGAAGCUAGAGACACUCUACGCUCACAUAACUCAUUCCUCCCCAACAGAGAGCUGGAUGAGGAUGAGGAAGAGGAAGAUAGUGAAGGUGAUAAUCUACACAGAUAUCACGAGGACUCGUCUUUUGUAUUGCAUGGGAAUUCCAACUGGCCUCAAAGUAAUGGUGCCAGUACUACAUCCCACGGGGACAUGGACAGUGAAUGGAGCAAUGAAGGAACCAUGUUGGCGACUGAGAGUGACCGUGAGUGGCUCUCUAACCAGCUUCACCAGCAGGACUCCCUGCACACUGAGUGCCAGUGCUUCCAUGUGAGCAGAUCUGGCGUCACGGCCUUUAAAGACAAGGAUUCAGACAGACGGAAGGAUAACAUGUCGUGCUGCAUACACCGCCAACACAAAUGUUCACCAGAGCUUUUCUCCAACAGCCACACUGAGUAUGUCAGUGACUCUUCCUGUAACAGUUCUGAUGGCAUCUUGGUUAAUUUCUGCACUAUCUAUAACAGGAGCAACAACCCUGCCACGCCGCAUGACCUCAGCAGUCCUGCAGCUCCCCCCUAUCAGUCCUCUGAGGGAUCCGUGUUCCUCAACCUCCAACCUGUUCCUCAGACUCCAGCAGAGGUUCUCCAACCUGAUAACAUGGCAGGUAACUCCCCCCAUAAAGAGGAGGCUGACACCACGUCUUCUGUUUCCUGCUGUUCUCCUCAAGGUCUCGACUCUAACUGCAAUCUCUACUCCCUGGAGCCGCUUCCCCCGGGUCUCUCCUCACUCGAGGUAUCAGACCUGGCUGCCUGUCUCCAAAGCCAGGCCACACUGGCCAUGGGGACCAACCAGAAGUACUACAAGCUUGUCUCUUGUGACCUCUCCUCCCAGUCACCCAGUCCUGCCUGGUCCAGCUUCACCAGCUAUCCUGAGGGUCAGAGCAGAAGUAGUCCCUUCCCUCCCUCUGAGCAGCUCCCUGUUGAUGAUAAGAAAGAAGCACAACACAAAGAAGUCAUAAAGGAGGAAGAGGAUUACCAAAAGGAGAAGCGGUUCUCCUCCGCACAUGCUGACUGCACUGAGUUUCAGACCCAUGAUUACCAAGUUGCCACCACCUCCGCUGAGAAACCCCUCUACAGAAAGAGGCAAUCAUACAGCUUCCAAAACCCUCUCUACCAAUCACCCUAUGCACUGUACCCCAUCCAGUGUAGCCCACUUAGCAGUCAAUGCCAAGGCACAAGCACCGCGUCCACUCAGCCAUCUGUGAUUCUGCACCAGGAGCACUGUGAAACCGAUGCUACUGAGAAUGGAGCAUGUUCAUUGGAAAAUGCAGUGGUGCGCUACAGUAAGGCCCAGAGACCAACCUCACUGCCCAUCCAGCCCUUUGUCCUGAUCCCCACAGGCAAACCCCAGACACAGCACUUGGGCUGUCUUCUAGAGCAGUACAUCAAGAGCAGCAAGAGCUCUCAACCAGGCCUCAAGUUCAAGGGCAAAAGCAGCCAAGGUUUUUCUAAUUUGCAGCCAUCACCAAUGGGCAACCACUGCCCUAUUUUCCUGGAGGGUCCUUCGAGCUCUGACACCUGUUCCACCUGCACGCCGAGUCCAGAAUGCUUCAGCCGCAGUCGAACAUGGAGCCAGUCCCGCAGAACCCAAGGAUGCCCAAGUCCAUUUACAUUAAAAAGCAGUCAGGAUCCAACCUACGGCAGCCCACCGUCAAGAUUGGUUCAAGAUAGGACAAGCCCACCUCAGAGUACCACGUUUUCAAAUUUGAUUUCAGCCCCACUUAAGUCCCACCUUGUUAAAAGUCCCGCCUACCAGGACCUUAUUAACCUCACCCCAGAGCAGAGCCAAUCAAACACAGAGCCCAAGAGUUCCUAUCAGACCCAGACCCCUACAUCUUCUCAUACACCACACACUUUACUUCUGACCACUGACACCCAUCCCCGAAACCUGCAGGCAUCCCUCUCUCCUCCCACAACCUUACAAGCUGAACAGAUGCUCCCUAAGUACUGCGCUACACCUGCAGCUGGCUUCUUUAACAAUAGUUUUACAGCUGCUCUCUCCUCUGUAGCUCCUCUUUCCUCUUUGAGUUCUCUGCUUUCCUUGGCUGCGUCUGGCCUGCAAAGCCAGCACUCUGCUGGGCUCAGUGGGAAGCAGAGUCAGAGUCAACACAGUGAGACUCUGAUCCUGAGUGACAGGCCGCCCACAGAGUUCUGUCUCUCACCCGACACAUCUUAUGAGUCCAUGUCUAUCAGCCAUCUUCAGAGGAGAGGUUUGCUGAGGUCCGUGAGCAGGGCGGUGGAUUUGAUCAUGGCUCAUUUUGGCAGCAGCAGAGACCCUGAAGAAAAGAUGCGACUAGGUAACAGCUCAUGCAGUCCCACAAUCGGCGGUCUGGUCCUGGAACAUUUGUGUCCCGCGAUCCAGAAUAUUCUAGAGGACGGGCUUAGGGAUCACAAGCUGGAUUUCAUCGUUGGGCAGCGCCGUAAUCACUCCUGGGGUGUGGUGGAGGUCUCUACUAGGAUAGGUCCAUCCACCAAGGUCCUUCACAGCCUGGUCUCCAAAAUCAUACAAUGUGCCCAACUCUCCAGCCGAUGCAUGAGACUGAGAGCCUUCCUCAUGGGCUUGCUUAACUUGAGAGCCUUAGAAUUCUGGCUCAGUCACCUUCAGAGUCAAAAAGAUUUAGUGACGACCUACUACCAUUCAUGGGGUUUCCUGUCCAUGUCGCUGGGUCAGUGUCAGCCCAUGUUUCAGGAGCUGCUGCUUCUGCUGCAGCCGCUCACUGUGUUGCCCUUUGACCUCAACUUGCUCCUGGAGCCACGAAUGUUACGUAACAGACAGUUGUGUUCGGAGGAGCAGGGUGUUUCUCUUCCUCCGCCAUGCUCAGCCCUCCUAGUGACCAGCUGGCCACUACUGCAAGCAGACAGAAAGGCAUACAGUAGCCAAAAUCAGCAAAACAACAUUUCACAGCAGACAGAUCUUCAUUGCCAAGAGUCUCCUAGGUCUCAGCAAUGCAUCAAGCAGGACUGGGAAGUGAAUCAGGCCACCAGGAGUCCAUUAGCUCCUAUUCAAGAGUGGUGGUCACAAAAGCAUAACCUGGUGGAUGGUGUGGUUGAAGGAGAGGACUGUAGCCGGAAUUAUGUAGACAAUUGGUCUCAAAUUAGUAUGGACAGCAGGCAUGACGACAGGACUGGAGAGAAAGACAAUGAAACCCCAAUAGCGAGCACACGUGUCCUGGCUGAGAGUCCAUAUCAUGGUGGGCUGCGCUGGGCCAAACUGUUUGGAGCCGCUGAUCCUUCCACCAGGACAGAUACAGUUUCUCAGAGUCACAGUGGAGCACAAACCAGAAGGUCCAGGCGACCAUCACAGUGGCUGCAUUUUGACAGAACCCAGCUUGGACUUUUGGCUCAAUCCAUCAGGUCAAUGACGCUUGGAGGAGCAAGCUCAGACUAACAAGGACUACUGAAAACUAAAUCCUCUGUGGAUGAAGGACAGACUUGGGCCUAUUAACUUUAAUAACCUGCAUGAUAAUAAUUUGCUCAACUGAUCCAAAAGCACAUAAAUGAAAGGAACCACAGUUUUAGCAAUGACCCUUAUUCGUCAAGCUGACUGUUGCACUAUUAGACCUGCAAAAACUCUAAACUAACCAAUUAAAAGUCAUUCAUUCUAAGCAGAGGUUGCUGUAGCAUCAUCUCCACAGUAGCUCCAGAGCUCUUUUCCAGGAAGUAGCUUGAGCUUAAGGGUCAUUCCAAUAACCAUCCUUUAUGUUUCCUAGAGUCGAUUUUAAAUCAUAAAAUGUGCAUAUUGACCUGCUUUAGACUGUUGGACAUUCUUGUGGUGCAAAAUUAUCUAUUUCUAUAUAUGUCAUUCUCUCCAUAGAUGUACAUUUUGUCUUUAGGUGGGGAAAAAGCAAGAAGUACACUCAUAAUUGUGCCAAAUAUGCUACACACCAUCCUUGGAUAGUCAGUGGUGUUUUGUUUCCAGUAGCCUGUUUGAGCAAAUCCCCAGCAUGGAUUUUCUGCAUGAGUUAAAAAACAAACUGUACCAUAGGUGCUUCAGUACUUCCUAUAUCUCCCCCUUAAUGUUUAUAUUGGUAAAGAGCUAGGUUUUGUACAUUUUCUGGCACUGAAAGUGUGGAAAUAGUUUGCAGUAGUAUGUCUUCCAGUGAAGUGUGUUAAGUUGCACAAUAUAAGCCAUCUUGUGGCUGUUUCAGGUACUUUAAUGUGUGUCAGGUACAUUUUGAUAGACUAGUGGUUAGUUAAUAGGGAGGAAAGAACAAAACAUGUGUUUAUAUACAGAACAUUUAAUGUAAUUAUGUGCAAUCUGAAAUUAUUUGACCCAGCAUCAUUGUCUCAACCUCUGAAUGUUUGCUCUAAUGCCAGUGACAAUCAAAGUCUGUCAAUAAAGACUUCUUUGUAUGCCAAAAGUAAACAUUAUAAAUGUUUAUUCAUGCGUUUCAUGUCAUGAGGACUUCCUAAAUAGUUCUUAAACUUCACAACUUCAUCUUGCCAGUAAUAGUCCUUGUAUUAAAGUGGAUAGUUUUAUGAUUUUGCCUGACGGUUCCUCUUGAUGCCGCUCUUCUCCAGUGCAUUCUGGGAAAGUUGGCCAAAGGUUUGUCCAUACAUGAACUGGUAACCUGUGGGAUGGCACAUAGUGAGAAAUGCUUAAACCUGAUGCUAGUUUAUAAAAUAGCUGAUCAAACUGCAAAUGUGUUGCUAGCACUGACACUGACCUGGGAUGUGUCCUGUGAAUGACGGCACCACACCCCUGUCUGAUGGAUAGAUAGUGGCAAUGGAAUUUAUUGUACUUUCCCUCCUCCCCGGGAAGCUUUGGGACAUGGGGUCAGUCUGCUGCUGUUUCCCAAACUGGAUCAGUGCCUGGUUUGUAGUAAUGGGAAAACCUUUGCCAAAUAAGAAACGAGAUUUUGGCACAUGCCCUGUAAAACCUGUCAAAGAAACAUCACUCAGUGAGCUGCUAGAGUUAUAGGAAAAUCUAAACAGCCAGAUUUUUCCCUCGUAGUAAGGAGACCAACAUAAGAUCUAAAAACAGAGUGAAAAAUGUCAAAACUGAAUGCUAAUUUCUUCUUUGGCAUAUAUCAAACUAUCAACUUAUCAACUGUUAACAGUAAAUGUUCGCUGCCAAUGAAAAGUUGCCAAAUGCAUUUUGCUGGAAACAACUGUUAACAGUUCUCUGAUGUACCUGAGGUAAAGUACUUGUGUGGGUCAUCAUCAUCCAUGAAGUAUGGUUUUCCUUUUGGGGUGAAGGACUUUAAGGGCCUGUGGGUGAUUUUGUUGUUGGAGAUUUCUCUCAAGUGGGGUCUUGAUUUCUGUGCCAAAUGAUAACAGAACCGUUAAAAACACACACGACUCAGAAAUCCAACAAAAUGUUAUAUUCUAUUAAAUAUAAUACCACUUAACAAAGGUUUAAUGUUAAUCUAUUGCAAACUUUAAUUAAGACAGUUAGUUAGUGCAAGUAAACAGAAAAGAUGAAUAAGAAAACGGAUAGCAUUAAACUGCUUUGUUCUGUUCAUUUAUGUCAAUCUCAGAUGUAAUUGGUGAAUCCGUGUCAGGCCUCUUCUGGAGACCUGAGCAGUUCUGCUUCAUUCUUUUUCAGGGUGGAUUACAUUACAGUUAUCUGACACUAGAGUUCCACUAUGGAUAAUUAAACAAGAGUGAACUUAUUCAGAGGUGCAAUGUCAACAUGUAUGUGUGCAUAUAGGGGCAAUAGAAGGAUGAUGUGUUUGUAAGAGAGAGUGAGUUACUUCAAACUGUGUGUUGGUGUAGUUGACAACAGCUGGCAGCUGUUUUGAUUGCCGUUGGAUCUUGGCACGCCCAUCCUGGUGAAACUCAGACAGCGCCUUGCUGCAUGUUUCUGAGUAGGUGCAGGCAAAAUAGUUCUGGCUUUUUGGAAUGAAGCCUGAAACAGCAAAAAGUGAGAUACAGUAUUACUGUUGGUUUCAGCUGAAUGUUUUGUUGCCUAGUAAUGAAAAUGGUUUUGGUUUACAUUCACUCUGUUUUUUCUUUGUCUGCCUUCACAACAAUACCACAGAAGAAUAUGUGUUGGUUUUACAUAUCAAACAUAGUUAACACCGACCUUUUUUCGGAAAAAGUGUAUUACUAUAUUACUGUGGAUAAUGCAAAGUGAGACAUGAAGGAAUUUAGGUGAACUGAUCUGGUAAAAUGCAUUGCAAAAAUGCAUGCGU